AUGAAGUGGUUGAUCCUGGCAUUAGUUUAUGUCCACCUGUCAGAAGGUUUUCAUAGAAUCAUUCUGAAGAAAGGAAAAUCCAUUCGUGAAAAUAUGAGAGAGAAGGGAGUGUUGGAAGAAUUUUUGGAAAAAUACCAUAUUGAUCCUGGAUUAAAAUAUCAGUUUAAUAAAUUCAGUGCUACGUAUGAACCAAUGACCAAUUAUUUGGACUCUUUUUAUUUUGGAAAAAUAACCAUUGGGACUCCACCACAAGAUUUUCUUGUUCUUUUGGAUACUGGCUCUGGUGUUCUGUGGGUACCUUCUACAUAUUGUACAACAAAGGCCUGUGAAAACCACAGUGUGUUUAACCCAAGACUGUCAUCUACUUAUUACAGCAAUAACGAACAAACUUACAUCCUGAGAUAUGGAUUUGGUAGCUUGAGUAUAAUGCUAGGUUAUGAUACUGUGCAGAUCGAGAAUAUUAUAGUUCAAAACCAACAGUUUGGAUUGAGUGUGGAGGAACCCAACUAUCCCUUCUACUAUGGCGACUUUGAUGGGAUUUUGGGUUUGACCAAUCCUACUCCAAAUACCGUGGGAUCAAACACACUCUUGCAUCAGAUGAUGAGUCAAAACCAGAUUUCUGAACCCAUUUUUAGCUUUUACUUCUCACGCCAACCAACUGUUCAGUAUGGAGGAGAACUUAUAUUGGGAGGCACUGACCCCCAGAUGUACACUGGGGAAAUUACCUGGGCCCCUGUGACUGAACAGGCUUACUGGCAGAUCGGUAUAGAAGAAUUUGCUAUUGGAAACAAGGCUACUGGCUGGUGCAGUGAAGGCUGCCAGGGCAUUGUAGACACGGGAACAUUUUUGCUAACUAUCCCACAACAAUAUUUAACGGAUUUCCUUCAGGCUGUAAAUGCUGCUAAUGAUGGUUCAUAUAUCGUGGACUGCAACAAUGUCCAGAAUAUGCCUACCAUUACCUUUUUCAUUAAUGGUUCCCAGUUCCCACUUCCUCCUUCUGCUUAUGUCUCCAAUAACAAUGGCCGCUGUUCACUUGCAAUUGAGCCAACAUAUGUGCCUUCCUCAACUGGGCAGCCUCUAUGGAUCCUGGGUGAUGUCUUCCUUAAAGAGUAUUAUUCUAUUUUUGACAUGGGAAACAAUAGGGUUGGUUUGGCAGCAUCAGCCUAA